GCUAGACUCCGACACAGCAGAACCAUAUAGAAACUAAUCCAAGCAAAAAAAAAAAAAAAAAAUGGCAGAUCAAAUAAAGGCCGGUGACGUGACGAUGUUCACGCCUCCGAUUGUGCGCUCUGCAGCCACAACGCUAAACAAGGCCCUUUUUACAAAAAAAUUCAACCUAGCUGCCGCUUCAGUGAGGGAAGCCACCAAAAUCGCUUCGUACCGCAAGGCACUAGAGAAGAGUGGCGAUGCUCUGCAUGUGGAGAGAAUCUCAGUUGUACGAAAUGACCCUGGUCAGGAUCCUGCCACAAAAGGGAGGAAGUGUAUUCUGCUGAGGCCUGGGAUUGAGGCCGCGGUACCGGAAACAUGGGGAAGUGUUGUCAGUGAAGGCGUCAAGACGGAUGACUUGGCUGUCAUUCCUUACGAACUCACCCUGGACUAUGACCAUUGGACUGCUCACGAAGUCCUCAGCUCCUUUCUCCCUGAAGAAUUUGCAGACGACAUACAAUCAUCCUUCAAUUUCGCCGGCCACGUGGCCCACCUCAACCUCCGUGACCAGUUCCUCCCCUACAAGCAGGUAAUUGGACAGGUGCUCUGCGACAAAAACCCAGCCGUCCGUACCGUCAUCAACAAAACGAAAAAUGUUGGCGACACGUCCGAAUUCCGUACCUUCCCGUAUGAGGUUCUUGCUGGACCUGACGAUCUCAACAUCGUAGUCCGCGAGAAUAAUUGCGUCUUCAAGCUGGACUAUGCAAAGGUUUACUGGAAUAGCAAGCUGGAGCCAGAGCACACUAGGAUGGUCAAGGACUUCCAGCCCGGCGAGGUGGUGGCUGAUGCCAUGGCUGGCAUUGGACCGUUUGCCGUGCCCGCCGGCAAGAAGGGCGUCUUUGUCUGGGCCAACGACAAGAACCCUGAAAGCUACAAGUAUUUGCAAGAAGCUAUCGCGAUGAACAAGGUUGGAUCCUUUGUUCGUCCCUACAAUCAGGAUGCCAUGGAGUUCGUUCGUGGCGCAGCGGACUCUGUACUGGCCGCCCAUGCAGCCGGGCAAGGUGUCACACUCCCUGCUCCCAAAGUUAAGCGCACCGACCGCGACUCUGACAAAGCGGCGAGGCCACGAAAGCCUUCCCCCGGACCCAGAGUCAUGAUCCCGCCGACGAUAUCGCACUACGUCAUGAACCUCCCGGCGUCGGCGAUAUCCUUCCUCCCUGCAUACCGUGGCCUGUACCACGGCCACGAGAAGCUGUUUGCGCCCCACACCAACACGCGCCUGCCCCUGAUCCACGCUUACUGCUUCGACAUCAAGAGCGAUACGGACGAGCCGAAGCACUCAAUCGUGCAGAGAGUUGUCACCGAACUGGGCGUCGAUAUGAAGCUUGGAGAUCGGGACGGGGAUAAUGAGGUUGAGGUUUUACACGUGCGUGAAGUUGCGCCUAACAAGAGCAUGUUCAGAGCCACCUUCAGGCUGCCCAAGGAGGUUGCCUUUGCGAAGAGGGAUUGAGGAAUCAGGCAUGUUCUGAUCCUGAUGCAGAGAUUUGUUCGACUGGUAGGUGAAGAAAUAAAUCGCCAUCCAAGCUGUUUCUGGGGGUCUUGAUAUAAUCACUCGUGAUCCAGAAGCCCCGCAUAUAGAGACUGGGCCCAUCCAAAAGUUAUG